CACACUUAGGACCAUUGAUGAAUCCCAUAGUCAUGUGAUCAAAAUUCAGAUUCUGACAGAUUCUUGGCAAUUGAAAAUCAUGUAAUCAUUUAUAAUGGUUUCAGUGUCCUGGAUCAAAAAGAUCCCUUUUUGUGACCUCCUGAUUAUCAAACUCAAUGGGAAAGCUAGGUUCCCUUAAUAACUGUAUCAUUAACUGCAGUUAACAAGUGGCAAGAAAAGUCGUAAAAUGAAGCAAAAGUCACUUAACAAAUGUCUUGUUUAGCAACAGUAAUUAUGGGAUCAAUUGUGGUGGUAAAGUUAAGGACUAACUAUUCCUGAAGACAAAUAGAUAUUCAAUAAAACAACUUGAAAGUUGAAUCUUUCUGAAGAAAGUUAAAUCUUUCUUUCAGGCACUUCUGGAAUUCCCAAUCCCAUUGUGUACUUUAUAAAAAACAAUAGAUAUUGUUGAUUUUUUUUUCACCUGCCUAGGCCAAAGGGCAGGAAAAGAAAGCAAGCUUGGGAAUCAUUCCCUGCUCUGAAAAUGCUUUGGCCUUUUGUGCUUUCCUUAAUAGACUCUUAGUGAAUGCAUAAUAAUCUGAAGAUGAUGUGAAAUACAUUUAGAAGGCAACCCUGGGACUCUGACAAAUGAACAUUGAACUCCCUACUUUAUAUAUCACCAAUGAGAUAGCCUUCAUUUUCAUAUGACCAUAAUGCUUUUCUCUGACUUCACUCAUCUAUUUAGAGAAAGGCUUCAUUUAAUUCUUGCAUCUCUUUCACUCUAUGAACUCUUAACACAGUUGCCAAAAUAACCCUCUUAGUAAGUGACAGCUUUAAAAACCAGACAACAGCUGAGUGCAGCUCAAAAGCACAGCGCAAACAGACUGGAGUAUCUUUCUUCGGAAACAAGGCACUUUUUUAAUAUCACUGGACUCUUGGAAUUUAAAUUUUUUAUAUAUAAUUUCAAUAUGAAUAUUCAAUCUUGUGCCAGGUGUGGCUAUGGGGUCUAUUCUGCUGAGAAGAUUAAUUGUAUUGAUCAGACCUGGCAUAAAGCCUGUUUUCACUGUGAGGUUUGCAAGAUGAUACUAACUGUAAAUAAUUUUGUUAGUCACCAGAAAAGGCCAUAUUGUCAAGUACAUAACCCCAGAAACAAUACAUUCACAAGUAUUUUUGAGACACCAUUAAAUAUGAAUGUAAAAAAGCAGUCUGAAGCAAUAAGCGAGGUUAAAUAUAGAGAAGAGGGUGAGAAAUUCAAGUCUGUUUUUCACUGUGAUGCAAAAUCUAAAGACAUGGAAGCCACACAGAAAAUGCAACAAAUAAGUCAGAAAACCUACCAUGAUGUAUGUAAUGAAAGCAAAUCCUGGUAUAGAGAAACUAUCCCACAGUUGGAAAUGAUCAAGAUAGCACAAACACAGAAAGGUUUUAGUGAUGUAAGUAUAUUACUACAUUAUGACAUUGAUCUAAUCCUGCUGAAGAAUAACCAGGAAUAUGAGCAGCAAAACAGAAAGGGAAGGUUUCCAGUUUCUAUGACUCCAUCAUAUCAGAUUGCCAAGAAGGCCACAGAGCUAUCCAGUGAUGUGGAAUACAAACAGGGACAUAAAGAACAAGUUUCCAAAUUCAGCAGUAUUAUGGAUACUCCAGAAAUACUUCAUGAAACGUCUGGGGGCCAAUUCAUGAGUGAUUUUAAAUACCCAGAGGAAUAUGAACAACAAAGAGGGAAAGGAAGCUUCCCUGCUAUGAUAACACCAGCUUAUCAGAUUGCUAAAAGAGCCAAUGAACUUGCUAGCGAUGUAAGUUCUACAAGUCAUCAAUAUUUAUAUGUGAGAGGUGUUUGUUUUUGUGUUCAGCUCAAAUAUAAAGAACAUUACCAGAACCAGAAAGGCCAUUAUGAAGGAGUUGGCAUGGACCGGCGCACACUGCAUGCCAUGAAGGUUGGAAAUUUGGCAAGCAAUAUAGCCUAUAAAUCUGACUAUGCGCAUGAUGAAUCUAACUACAAUUACCCAGUGAUGCUGACUCCCUCUUAUCAGACAACAAGGAAACUGGAUCCUCUGAAAGAUGUAAACUACAGGCAAAAUAUAGACAAAUUGAAAUAUAGCUCUGUUACGUGCACACCUCAGAUCCUUCAAGCAAAAAUCAAUGCCCAGCAACUUAGUGAUCUGAAUUAUCGAGCCAACUAUCAGAAAAACAAAUCAAAUUAUACUUUACCUCAAGAUGUACCAGAGCUAAUGAAGGCAAAAGCCAAUGCAGAAUUAUACAGUGAGGUUAAAUACAAAGAAGACUGGCAGAAAAGCAGGGGCCGCAACUUUGAAAUGAAGUUAGAUUCCAAGUCUUUUCUUGCGGCCAAAGCUUCAGGAGAUCUUGCCAGUGAAAUUAAAUACAAAGAAGAGUAUGAGAAAAUGAAAGGAAAAGCUUUGUCAACAAAAGAUUCAAGACUUCUGCACUCUAUGCAAGUAGCCAGAAUAAAUAGUGAGAUUGCUUAUAAAAAAGAUUUUGAGAAGAAUAAAGCACAUUUCCAUUUACCAUUGGAUAUGAUAAAUCUGAAACAUGCAAAGAAAGCCCAAGCUCUGGCUAGUGAUGUUGACUAUAGGAAGAAAAUACAUGAAUAUACAGCAGUUCCAGAAGAUCUAAAGACACAGUGGGCCAAAAAGGCCUCUGGGCUACAAAGUGAGCUUCAAUACAAAACCGACCUUCAGUGGAUGAAAGGAGUUGGCUGGAUAGCAGACCAAAGUAUCAAUAUUGAACAAGCAAAAAAAGCAGGAGAACUCAUCAGUGAGAAAAAGUAUCGACAGAGGGCUGAUGCUCUAAAGUUCACAAGUGUUGCAGACAGUUCCCAGAUCCAACAUGCGAAGAAAAGCCAGGAAUUGCAGAGUGAUAUUGCAUACAAGUCAGCAAAAGAAGAUUUUCUUCACAACUACACCAUCAGCAAAGAUGAGCCUCUAUUCAUACAGGCCAGAAUAAAUGCCGCAAAUAUUAGUGAGAAAAUCUACAAGAGUAGCUGGGAGAGGCAGAAAGAGAAAGGAUUUGAACUUCAUCUUGAUGCUAUACCAUUCCUGACAGCCAAGGCAAAGAGAGACCUAGCAAGUGAUAUAAAAUACAAGGAGAAUUAUGAGAAGACUAGAGGAAAGUUGAUUGGAGUGCAAGAUGUGAGCCAAGACUCACAAAUGGCUCACUUGCUUCAUGUAUCCAAGUUGCAGAGUGACCUGGAAUACAAAAAGGCAUUUGAAGAUGUAAAGAAUCAAUAUCAUGUGUCCAUGGAUAUGGUAAAUCUUGUCCAUGCCAAGAAAGCUCAGGAUUUGGCCACUGAUAGAGGAUAUAAGACAAUCAUGCACCGCUAUACAGCCUUGCCCACAGAUAUGAAGGUCGAAUGGGCCAAGCAGGCUUAUGGCUUGCAGAGUGAUAACCGAUACAGAGCAGAUCUGAACUGGAUGAAAGGAGCCGGAUGGAUCGCCACUGGGUCAUUAAAUGUGAAGCAGGCUCAGAAGGCAGGAGAACUCAUUAGCGAGAAGAAAUACCGUCAGCACCCAUGUGCUUUGAAGUUUACCAGUAUUAAAGACACUCCUGAGAUGAUCCAGGCUAGAAUUAGUUAUAACCAGGCUGUGGAUAGGCUUUAUAAAGAACAUGGAGAGAAUGUCAAACAUAAUUAUACCCAAAUAGCAGAACUUCCUGAGAUCUCUCAAGCUAAACAAAAUGCUUUGAAUAUCAGUGAGAUAAAUUACAGGAAAGAUUUUGAUAAUCAGAAGAAUAAGUUCUACCUACCAUUAGACAUGUUGAAUUUAGUACAUGCCAGAAAAGCCCAGUCUUUGAUCAGUGAUCAGGAAUAUAGACAUCUGCUUCAUGAUUACACAUCGCUGUCGGAAGAUAUGAGGCUGCAGUGUGCUAAAAAAGCUUACAAACUACAGAGUGAGAAUUUAUACCGAUCUGACUUGAACUUUAUGAGAGGAGUUGGCUGUAUCAUACCUGGGGCCUUGGAGAUUGAAGCAAAGAAGAAAGCUUCUGAACUCAUCAGUGAGAGUAAAUACCGUCAGCAAGCAAAUUCCUUCAAGUACACAUCAGUGACAGACUCUCCUGGCCUCCUUCAUGCAAAAUUCAGCAAUAUGAUUGCUAAUGAGCGCCUGUACAAAGCAGCAGGAGAAGACACUUUGCAUCACUGUAGGGUAAACCUUGGACUUCCUGAGUUUGAAAGGGCAAAAUUGAAUGCAGCAAACAUUAGUGAGGCAAAAUACAGGGAAUCUUGGCAUAAUCUCCGUGCUCAGGGUUAUAAACUGACAAUGGAAGCCAUCCCUUUCCAGACUGCAAAGGCCUCCCGAGAAAUUGCCAGUGAUCUACAGUACAAGCACAACUUCGUUUCCGAGAGGGGGAAGCUCAUUGGUGCCAGAAGCAUUCUGGAUGAUACCAAUCUGCUACACUGCUUGCAUGCUUCUAAGUUACAUAGUGAACAGGAAUAUAAGAAAAGCUCAAGAAAUACCUGUUCUCAGUACAAUCUCCCUAUGGACAUGGUUAAUCUAGUUCAUGCUAGAAAAGCCCAGAAUCUCAUCAGUGACCAGGAGUACAGGAAAAGAUUGCAUCAAUACACAGUGCUUCCUGAAGACUUGAGGAUGAAGUGGGCAAAAAGAGUUCAUUUGAUGCAAAGUGAGUUUUCCUACAAAUCUGAUCUGAAUUGCAUGAAGGGAGUUGGUUGGAUGUCUCUAAGAUCCCCUCAUAUAGAAAAUGUGAAGAAGGCUGGAGAACUCAUCAGUGAGACAAAAUAUCGUCAGAAACCAAAUCAUCUCAAGUUCACGACAGUUACAGACUCUCUGGACUUCCUCCAUGCAAAGAAUAGUUACAUUCAAUGCAAUGAUCGUCUAUAUCGAGCUGACCAUUUGGACAACAUGCACAGAUACACCCUGCCCCUUGACCGACCUGACCUCAUAAGGGCACGGCUCAAUGCAUUGCACAUCAGUGAUAAACUAUAUAAAACAUCUUGGGAGGAAACACGGGCAGCUGGCUAUGAUUUCAGAUUGGAUGCCAUCCCUUUUCAGACAGCUAAAGCAUCUAGAGAAAUUGCCAGUGAUUUCAGAUACAAAGAAGAUUUCCUAAGGGACAGAGGUCAACGGAUUGGAUUUUGCAAUGCGCGUGAUGAUCCUAAAAUGAGACACUUCCGGAAGAUGGGCCACCUCCAGAGUGACAACCAAUAUAAAAGGGAUUAUUUUAAAAACAGAGCACAAUUCAGAAGUCAAACUGAUCAGCCAGGAUUUAUUCAUGCAAAGAAAAGCCAGCAAUUAAUAAGUGAUGUCAACUACAGGCAGCGCCUGCAUCAAUACACCUGUGAUCCGGAGCAGCUGAAUCUCAAGCAUGCCAAACAAGCCUACAAACUCCAAAGUGAUGUCAAAUACAAAUCUGAUUUGAAUUGGAUCAAAGGUACUGGCUGGACUCCUCCAGGUUCUUACAGAGUGGAAAUGGCCAGAAGGGCUGCAGAGCUGGCAUAUGCUCAAGAAACAGGAUGUCAAGAAACCCAGGAACAGCAUGAGCCAGAUUAUGUAAGUGAAUGGAUAGGUAACCUAAGCAAUAUUCAUUAUAAUUUUUAGAAGCUUUGACUACAGAUCCAUUGUAGGGAAGACAUGAAGAUGAAUGGCAAUGAAAUAUAGGAAUACAGGAUCUGUUGGAACCAAGUCUGAUCCCAGUAUGCAUCUGGGUAAUUCCCUAAACUAUUAUUGGAAACAAGGACAGCUGAACUUGUGCUAGGUCUGUGAACAUCUCAGCAUUUCAGUUGGUUU